UAGGUGGAUUCCUGCCUAUGUUAAAGACAUAUUUUGGGCUGGCAUGUCAACUACCGGUAGAAGUGAGAGCAUGAAUGCAUUUUUUGAUGGAUAUGUGAACUCGAAGACUACCUUAAAGCAAUUUUUUGAGCAAUAUGACAAUGCCUUGAGAAGUAAGGUGGAAAAGGAGACAAAAGCAGAUUUCAAAUCUCGUAACCAAUUGUAUGAUUGCCUAACGGUGUAUCAUUUUGAGAAGCAAUUUCGUGCAGCGUACACAAAUGCGAAAUUUAAAGAAGUUCAAGCAGAAAUGAAGUGUUUAGUGUACUGUCGUCCGAAUCUUGCAAAAGAGGAGGGAUCAAUUUGUACGUAUCAUGUGAGGGAGGCUAUUCUUUUGGGUGAGGGUAUGAAGAAAGUAGAAUUUAUCGUGUAUUGUAAUUCAACAGAAUGUGAGCUCCAAUGUAUGUGUCGGUUGUUUGAGUUUAGAGGCAUUAUGUGUGCCCAUUCACUUAGUGUGCUCAUUGAGAGGUCCAUAUAUGAGGUGCCACAUAAAUACGUUGUCUCGAGAUGGAGAAAAGAUUUGGAACGAGGGUAUACAUGCAUUCCAACCACAUAUACUAACUUCGGGGCUGCUAUAAAUCCAAAGUUGUAUGAUUCAUAUCACAAGACGUUAGAUGAGAUCCUAGAACUUGCCACCAAUGACGAUGCCAAACACAAAGUGAUUCAACUUGGGUUGAGGGAAAUCAUGGAUCGAGUGAAAACUAUUGAAUCAGCUACUGCGAGUAAUGUGCCAUGUACUAGUACUGUACCACCUUCUACAGGUAUUGUACCACCUUCUCAUACUUCGCCGAAAAGUCCGCCACGUCUGAAUACUACAAAAGCAAGCAACACUCGCAAGGUACUCAGUCCUUUGGUUGCUCGCCGAAGAGGGCGUCCAUGUACGAGGCGGAAGGUUAGCAAGGUUGAUCAAAUAGUUAAUCGGUUGAAGAGAAAGAACAAGAAGACUACUCCCGCACAGGUGCCGGAAGAUCAAGCUUACUAUUUUCCUUCUAUGGUUGGCACACAAGAUAGUAUGUAUGUUCCGGUAUGUGUUGAAUGGACUUAAAAUAUUGUACUUUGCUUCUUGUUGGGUUUUAUGUUAAUGCUUCAAAUUAUUAUUAACAUUGUCUUACUAUAUAAUCAUAAGGUGCCCCACGAUGAAGCUUAC